AAGUUUGUACCCAUCAUUUUGCUUAUACAUAAAAACUAUAGUUUAACUACAUUGGGCGCUGGGGAUCAAGCGAGAAGAGGGAGGAGUGGUGGGUGGUUGUUGGUUUGUUAAAGAGGAAGAAGAAGAUAAGAUAUGGGGCGUCGGACGAGGGAAGUAAAAAAAAAGGAGGGAGAAGGCUGGGCCGCUUGAGUCUCAGGUGCCACCGCCUGUGAAUCGGGUAAAAAAUUCAAAAAGCAGCCCCGCCUGAGUCUCGGGCGGACACCAUCUUUAACCUACACAAAUACACAAUAUUUGUGUUAAUACUUUUAAAACCGUCAUAUUGGUGGUAAAUUAAAAAAAAACAAUAUUUGUAUCAAUUACCAGAAUUUAUAUAUGGAUUUUUUCCGUUCAUACUUUAUAUCUAUCCUCACUGUUAUGCAUUUCAGUCGCUUUCUUUUAGAUCGUCUGUUGUGCUUUUCCAUCAAAAUUUGCAUCUUUUCUUCAUGGUUCCUUUGUGUUUCUCUCUCUUCCUCAAUCGCGGUCCGACGAGAUUCAGCAUUAGCUACACAAUUCUCUCAUUGAAAUUCGACGGUUUUAACCUUUUUCAAGUAGCAAUUGUGGGAGUUUUUUAUCUUGUUGUACUUUGACAUACUUCAAACCAUUUUACAUAUUUUUUUUAACGUUAGGUUGGUCGUUUCAUUGUACGAAACACAGUGUACAGAGUUACAAUAACACUGAAACGAAGGAAAAAACCAACUGAAAAAGAGAGCUAACAGUGGGCCAACAAAGGUCCGAAGCCAAAAAAGCCCAAACCCGGUCCAAAUAAUUGGACUAGCCCACCCUAGCAACCCUAACCCAGCGGCCCAAUCAUCACAAGAAGCAGGCUGCCAACAACAUUCCCCUUCACCGAUCCAGCGCCGCCUUCAACCUUUGCCACACAUGGUCCUUGGCCAGAGAAACGAUGGAGGAAGCAGAGUCACUACUCCGAACACUGACGACUCCAUAGAAUGAUGGUGCACCGGCCAGAAGAAGAAAACCGCAGAGCCGUCGAGGAGAACUGUACCCAGAACUGGAUCCGAGAUCCACCUGCAAAAACAAGCAAACCCGAGAAACAAUCCCGACCAUAGACAGAAGAAUGACGACAGAAUCACCACCGAUCAGAGCAAAUUGGCAGAAAACCAACUUCGAAGAUAAUUUCCAUGCUCACAAGCUCUCUGAAAAAACAUCCAAGACAACAAUGGUCCAUGCAUCUCCGAUUCAUCCCCAUUUAUGGAUGGAUCUUGUGGAGGUAAAUGGUAGACCAAAGAGGAGCAAGCGAACCGACUAAUCGGCCCCCUCAAACACCUAACAGGGGAACAUCCAUACAGAUCUAGAAAACAGACAGAUGGAGAGCAUAAGCAUCUCACUGAGAGGCAAGAAAAUCAUCACCACUAGGGUGGAAGAGGAGCCGAAUGGAAAGGAAAUCCCAAAAGAGGAAGGAAGGAAAAUGGCAGAGCCAAGGGAAAAGAGACCGAAAACCAAAAUGCAGAAAAGGGAAAAGAAAUCAAACGAGAACCAAAGGAAAAAGCAAGGGCCGCCCCCGGUCGUCGGAAUCGGCGCCGAAGACAGCCCCGGGAAAGCUUGAAUGUCAAGAACACUAGAGGCUAGAGAGAAGACAGAGAAAAUUGGUCGAACCAUUUUACAAUGCUGGGAGUGACCAAUCGCUCUUCUUGGUCUUGAAGAUGCCAUUGCUAUGUUUGGUUUUCAGCAUUGCCGACCCCCUCCACUAUUUGGUAGAGCUUUACGGCCACUUCGGUGACGAAUGAACUAGAAAAUUGUAGUAACUUACAUUGUCCUCCAAAGAUAAAUAAGACAAUCGCCAGCAAGACGCAAAAGAGAAAGAACAAGGACAAGACAAGACAAGCAAAAGAAAAAAGAGCUUUAAUAGCAAUUUCCGCCCACUAGGUACCCUCUUUUCAUUAUUUUACAGGCUCUUUUGCUGGAGCAUAUUCGAGUGAGGAGCAACUCCUGAAUUAAACAAACCAUUUAACCACCUUAUAUGAUUACAAUUACAAUGUGAAGGUAGUAAGAGCUCUACAGUACCACUGCCUCAAAUGAAACGAACCAUAGAGCAAUGCAUAUAAAUUGUCAUGGCUGGAAACUCUUCCCGUAUGGAAAGCUACAAGGAUCUCUCAAGUGGUUAACACAUUUUGGCCCCUAUUUCGAUCUAAUCUGAUUUACCAUAAUGCAAAUUGCGAACCCAAGUCCAAGAGAGGAGUUUGUAAGGGUUCUUACACGCUUCAUACGAUUGCACCAAUCGACUAAGCAACAUGGAGCAGCGACUUUUCAAACAGAAGACAAAAGACAAGCAUCCCUCCUCCUUUAUCCGGGCUUGGGACCGGCUGUGCAAGGCAUAAGCAUUGAAACCUAAUACACAGGCGGAGUUAUAUCUGGCACAACGUCAAUAGGAAUUCGCAGCAGCAUCCAUUAGACUGGCAUCGAUCCCAACUCCAAUACCCACCUGGUCCCAAAUCCAAGGUCAAUUGUGUGUAGAGAGCAUCAUGUCAUGUCAUGUCAUGUCAUGCCAUGCAAACCCAUAGCUAAUAGCUAGCAAGAAGCUGCGACGAAGAGCUACUUUGCCAACAAUUAGGAAGCCACUUAUUAGCUUGGUUUUCUUCUUUUCCGUGGUUAAAGACUGUUGGCUUUCACAGUUUGAACCAAUGCAGACUUUGUGCUUUCAUCCACCUUUUAUUAUUAAACCAAGCCUGGAGUCCAACCCCAAUUAGGAUAUGGAGAACCCACAUCAUCUGUUAACAGGGUGAAGGAAAUGGACGAAGUCCAAUUUCAACCCCGGCAUUCUCUUGAACUAUAAUUGCCGGAGAGAUAUAGCCAUGUGCCUUGAUGGCACUCUUUCACGUUCAUGAAUUGGCAUUCUUGCAUACCAAUGGGUUUGAGACCCCCCUGUACUGCGGCAUCCGUCCUGGCUUCCACCUGAUGCCAACCUGCAACAACAUAGGCAAAUCGGACAGAAGGGAGAGAAGCAGUUAAAGAUAAAUGCACGGAGCCUGAACUAAGAAAUGCACUAAUUUUGCACCUAAUAAGAAAAUCCUACUCCUCUCGUUAAUUACUCACCCCCGCCACCCAGAUGGCCAGAUCCACACAGGCCUAUAAAUUUUAAUCUACAGCAAGAGGCUAGUACCAGUUCGCUCACAGGUUCCUACCAAGGUCAGGAACCAGAUGCCUGAAUUAACCAAUGUCAAUGAAUGGGACAGCAAAAUUCUCAGAUAAUAAUAGAAGUAAACGUCA